ACCGUCCGUGCUGCCGCCGCCUCCGGGCUGAUCGUUCCUGAAAUUAUACCGGCUGAUCCUGGAACCGAAACGUUAACUCUGUUUUUUCCUUCACAGGUGCUGCCAGACCUGCUAAGCUUUUCCAGCAACAUCUGUUUUUGUUGGCGAGAUUUACGGCCUGAUUUAAAAUCAAAGAAGGUGUAAUGCCUCGUGUUUACGUUCCUUUACGCAGUUUCUGCAAAGACAAAAUAUGAGUGAAAUGCAGAAUAUUACUUUUUCUUAUAUAAAAAACAAAUGAUCUUUCCUGCCCGCCGGACUGUAAAAGUGACGGAGCAGUGCAGCCGAUCGCCGAGGUGAUCGAGUCGUUUCCAUGGCGAUCGGAUAAUGGGGUCGAUGGCCGAGCAGCGCGGAGGUCAGAAAGGAGGUGAGCGGGAGCGAGUAGGAGGCUGAGUGGCCGCCAUGGUACUGCGAAGGCUGCUGCAGUCGGCGUUGAACAACGCGCGGCUGAUCGAGAAACUGUCGGAGUCUAUGCCGAUGCGGCGGGCGGCCCAGAUCACUGUCUAUGUGAUCGCACGGCUCCAGCUGAGAGGCAAGAGUGUGGUCGAGCGCCUGAGUCAAUCCAACGCCCUCCGGCAGCUCCUGGAGAAGGGAGACAUGCCCCGCAACCUCGAGGAGCUCAACAAGAAAGUCGCCGAGUUAAAAGACGCCAUCGCGAAGGAGCUGAAGGAAAGCAUAAAGGACUCUUUGAAGAAGAAAGAUAAAAAAUAAAUUUUAAAAAAAACUGGAAUCUCCAUGGAGUUGAUUCUCCUCACACCCCGGCAUCUGCAGUAGUGACUGGAGCAAAGAGGAAGACUUUGGAAAUUUAUCCUAUUUUAAAAGCACUGCAGUAAAAUAUCUGUCCUGGGGAUACUGCAGCUGACAUUUGGGUAAAUUCCCUUUCAGUAUUCAUCGUGGUUGGAUUCAGAUGUAUCGACACACUGACUUUGAAAUUCUUUUGAGAUUUUACGAAUAUUUAUUGUCAUCGGCACAAGAUCAGAAUCGUGACGCUCGGUGAUUAGAUUGCCAGCUUAAUUAUAUUUCAUCUGACAAUUUUCCGAUGUUGACCACUAUUUUGCUGUAACUGUUUGAAUUUCACAGUAUUUAAGGUGAAUCUCAUUGAUGACAAUGUAAACUAAUACUGUGCACACAAUUCAUCAGAAAAGUCCUGUGAUAGUUCAAAGAAUUAAAGAAAACAUUGUUAAUUGA